AUAAAGUCUAUUUAUAUUUUGACAUUAAAUAAUUCAUACUGUAAUAUUCAUAACUUCAUGCAACGACAAUAACUCCAAUUUCCCGAAUAUCUGCAUGCUUACUGUCUGAUUGAUAAUAAUCGACAAUAUGCCUUAUAUAACCCAGUUCUAUAAACGUUAUGUUUGAGCAACAAAUUUUCUAGACAAUUAGUUUAAAACAUUAUGAACAAAUUGUUUCAGUUUAUGUUUUAGUUCUUGCUUAUGUGAAGGUUGUACAACCGAGUUUAAAGGCACCAAGGAUUGAUUUAACACAGCUGGUUUACGAAAGUAACCAUUGCUUGCCGCCGCACAAAGCAUAUCGGAAGAAAUAGGAACAGAGCUAAUGGCUGGUCUUCCCUCCUCUUUCUUUUCCAUCAACACUGAUGUUUCAGUACGAUCGUCCUCUUCGUCAGUAGAUGAUGCUAGAGAAGGAACCGUGCUCAAGGGCCUCAAAGUACUUUUAGCAAAAGAACGGGCAUUCUCCAAAACCACGGGGUCUUGUUGCUUUUUUAUAGUUGGAUACCGGUCUUUUAAAGAAGAGCUUGGUUUCAAGUUUGACAAUCUCGCUGCAUGAAUAUUUUGAUCAGGCUUUCUUCCAUCGAUAACAUUAUUCCAUGCGCGUAUUGUUUCUAAAGGUCUUUCAUAUUUCCAACGAGUCGGAUUACUGGAGUCCGGUUCUAAUCAUUAUUCCACGGUUAGUACAUAGUUCGUUUUAUGCUUUCUUUUCUGGCUUACGGUAAAUGCUUUUUCCAGAGUAGUCUCGUUUCAGAUAUCGUUUACAUAGUUUUGUAGAUUCACGAUUUACACGAGCAUAUGGUUCUAAUUCUACUAAUGGUAAAGAGGGGUUAUCGAAUUCACAAGAAUCAGGACCAGUUACUCUCAUCAGUUUUUUUUCUUAAAAAAAAGUCCUCUUAAUUACUUUCUAGAUUUCUCUAACAAGAAGAUAUUGGUAGUGGACAAAUUGUCUUUCGCGUACACUUUCUUUGUAUAUGGAUUCACGCGUCAGCCCAUUCUUAAGACAAAGAAGCGGAAUUAGAUUUUAUGAGUAUUAACAAUCCAAACGAAUCGCUCCUUAUAUGAAGCAAAUGGGAUAGAAACUAAGGAGCUUUCUUUGACACACGCUGUUCAAAUGUCGAGUCGCGAAUAGAAUCCAGCCUUCAAAAGCAUUUUUAGGACUUCUCCAAGAGAUUAUUCAAGUAGCUAAUAAAUAAUUUUCUCUGUAAGAAGGGUAAUGAAGUCCAAAAUCCGGUAAGCCUAAGUUUCAAAAUUGCUCAUGGAUGAACGGUACCUAUAGGGCAAAAUCAAAAGGAUACGAACUUUUUAUUAAUAUUUCUUAAUUUUUUUUUAUUUUUUUUUAAAAAAAAAGCGAAUGUUCUGAUUUGACUUGAAUUGAAUUACGUUGUCAUAAACUCAAUGAACAGCUAUGCACAGCUUGAAUUAACGCCCAGCUUCGGAAACUUCUAACUAUUACUACUAGAUUUAUUUCUUUUUUUUUUUUUGUUUGUUAUCUUUUUGAUUUCUGACUUUAUGGUUUCAUGAUCUGUUGAUCACCUGCCAUACCAUAACCAAGUCCAACGUUUACCUAUUACGCCUCUCACUUCAUCAUAACAAAGAAGCGAGCUAACAUAGUACAAUCGCUCGUUUAUACAUUCUAACAUAUCAAUUGAUUAUGUUCUUUUUUGUUUUUGCUGGGUUUGCCCUAAUUGCACUCGUUGUCUCAUUUGUUAUGAUGAUUCAUAAUUAUUUUCUCAAACGUCGUCAAAGAGCCACAGGUCAAGCAAAACCUACUUCGCGUACUAGACCCUCUGAAUCAAGCACUGUGUCAGGUAAUCAUCAUGGUAAUUCCUUGCAGACUGCAACUGUCAUGGGGAUUCCUGGCGAGCCUUCUGUCCAUUACACAGCUACAUAUAGGCAUCCAGAGGAUGGGACGAGAACAACUGUUACUGAAAACCAACCUGAUGAAAUUCCACCUCCAUAUACAGCCGCUGUUCAAGAAAGUGCACCGGGUGUAUUAGGUCACUCUGAGAUUCCAAGGGGAGAGGAUGGAGUUACACCCAGAGUUAGUCAUGAAAGACCCCAAUCGCCUCCUCCUGUUUAUUUACCGCCAGAGGAAAUAGUUUAAUUAAGUGAGGCAGUUGAGCCGUUUGUUGUUCACGUAGUCUUUACCUGUGAUUCACCUACAGGUUAGGGGUUUCUGGACACGAAGUUUAUUAUUGGUUUUUUUUAUCGCUUUUGCUUAUCUGAAGCUAUCCUCUUUGCACUGACUAACUUUUGCAUGUCAUGUUAACGGACUUUUAUAACGAUACGAAUAUUUAAAGGAUUCUUGGUUUUUAACGGUUUUAUGAUCUUGUUUUGGGUAUUAAUAAUUACAAUGAGUUUUUUCUGUUUUAUUUCGUUUAUGCCCGUUUGUUUAUGUAUUACGCACUAUGAAAUUUACUCUUCUAAUCAUAAUUAGUUGCUAUGCUAUUGUUCCUAAAUAGUAUAGUUUUAUCUCUAGCUUUCAUUAGUAAAAUUUAUAGCCAUUUAAGUCUAUCGCCAACUUUAUAAUGCGACCUCUUGAAAUUCACGAUCAAUAAUGCUCGGGUGAAGAACAAAAGUAUACCUACUUCUUUACCUAUGGCUCAACUUUUUCUGAGGUAUAAUUGUAGACACGGG